AUGACUGACAACUUUCAUUUUCUAUUUACAGGCUCGUACGAUGCUCGAAAAUACAAUGCAGAAGGCGAUUACACAAAAAAUGAAGCUAAUGAUAAAUAUAAUGAUAGACAAUCGAAUAAAUUCGGUAAUCGACCCGUAUUUGAUAGUGGAUUCAUUAAUCAAAAUCAACAAGCCUUUGUAAUACCGAACUUUAAUGGACAAUUUGUUUAUAAUACUGCUUCCAAGGAUUCGAUGUUUUCGAAACCUGAUUCAUCUGGAUUCGGAAGCAGUUUAAUACAAAGCGAUAGUAGAUUUGGUUCUAGCAAUGAACCUUCUAAGACGAAUGUACAUUUUCAUGAUAAUAUGAAAGAAAAGGAUAAUCAAACUCCAUUUUCUUUAAUUAACAUAAUGGGAACAAAUUAUUCUCCUAAAACACUGUCGCAGCAAAACUUACAAGCACAAAGUUUUCAAAAGCCAUCUUUUAUUAGACCAAGUUCAUACGAUGUUUCGUAUGACGGUUUACCAAUUUCCCCGCAAUCAAAUUCCUUACAAUCGUCUAGUCAAUUAAAUCAAGAAUAUGUAAAUAGUUUUGGAAAUGGAAAUAGAGUUUCAUCUAGUUUUGGUCAGACUUACGAAAAUAAGCCAUCUCAAGGACCUUUUGAUUCAGACUCAUUAUCAAAUCAACAAAUAUUAAAUAAUCAACAAAGUUUAAAUAAUAAAAAAACAUAUUUUCAAAAUACUUUAAGUAGCUCAUUAAUGUCUGGUCAACCUUCAAAUGGAUAUUUUGGAAGUCAAGCAACUCAACAAUUUCCUUCAUCUCAUCAAAAUGACCGUUUACCAGAAUCGACUGGUUCUUCAUCAUUCUCUAGUUCAAGCCAAAAUAUUGAGUAUAGUCAAAACUCUAAUGGAUAUAGUUCUAGUUUUCCAACCAAACAACCACAGAUUACUUUGACAACACCUUUAGAAUCUUUUGGUAAAGCCAAUACUACUGAAAUAUCCACACAGACUGAGAAUUUUAAGAUAAAAGAUUCAGAUACUACAAAAAUACCUGAAAUAUCAUCCACCGAUAAAGAAAUUCAGGCUUUUACAGGUCAAUCAACUGCAAUUGGCGAUUUUUCUACAAGUUAUACUGGAACUUAUUCAUCUUCACUGGAUUCAAUGAUCGAUAAACUCUUUUCUCAGAAUUUUGGCUUACAAGCAACCCAGGUAUUAGAAAAUAAACGACAAAUGGCUCAAGCUUCACAUUCACUCAAUCAACCUAAUGGUGCGGAUUCCGCCACUAAUACUCAGAGGCCAAGUAAUGAAGGUAGUCAGUUUGUUCAACCACAGGCACAUGAUCAUUCUUACUUAUAUAAUCCACCUUCAAAACCUUUUAAUGCACCCUCUACUAUGCCAGGAUUUAGCUUUUCUCGUGUCCCGUCAAGCCAGUUGAAUAAAGUGACGCCACCUUUAAAACCUCAAAAAACAAUUUUUACAAAUACACCUCAAACUGCAAUAUUUUCUACACUUAAUCAAGGUAUUGGAGUGACUCAAGCAGCUAUAUCACCAUUUCCUUCCACAAUACCUAUAGCUUCAUCCGACUUAAAACAACCAACUCAAUCUAACUCUAGGCCAUCCCAAAUAGCUUAUUUAAAUUCUCCAAGUGAAUCUGCAUUUUCGCAAGUUAGUCCAACAUUAGCAUCAGCUACAGAUCAAAUAUCUACAUUCCCAGAUGAUCAAAGAGUAAAUAAUUUUCAAGUGGUACAAGAAACGCAACCUCAAGAUGAGAAUCCAAACACAUCAACACAACAAAAUGCAGGAGAAACAUAUCAAUAUUCAAAACCCACCGAAGCUUUACCUACUGAUAAUCAAAAGCAAACUGAAAAUAUAGACUUAACUCAAAAACAGCAAGAACAAUCUGGAUUUUCUACUAUACAAUUAUUUAGUCUACAAAGCUUAACAACUCCAUUUGAAAAGCAAGAUACUACUACAAAUGAUUUACCCACGUCGCCAUUAGGAGGACAAUUUGAUUCUCCAUCAAAUCACCAGGGCUCGCAAUUACAUAGUGAUAAGCCACAAAUUGGUAUGCAAGUUGGGUCCCAAUUUAGCAAUGCAGUUUUUAAUAACAAAGGAUCUUCAUUCCCAGCAUCAAACCCACAUGCCCCAUCCCAAUUCAGUUUUAAACCAAUUUCUUCAAUUCCUGGUAAAUUUCCGAAUCAGCAAUCUCAAUUAGGCCAACAAAAUUUUCCAUCUUACUUUAUUAAGCCAGAAAGCCAAUCAAUUCAAUCUGAAUCUCAUUCUAAACCACAAUUAGAACAAGAUAAUUUAGGUGAAAAAGAGCAAUCAAGCCAUAAUUUAGAACCUCAAUUUGGUAUACCUGGUGUCUCACAAACUACAUCUAACGGAUUUAAUAGCCAAAAUUUAGUAUCACAAAUUGGACCGCAAAGUCCUACUAAAGGACCUUUUAUUCAAGCCAAUACAGAAGCUCAAUUUAAUAAAUUCAAUACACAAACACCUCAAUUCAAUACAAAGCAAAAUACACAGCUUAACCAAGGAAACGUAAAUAACAAAGAAGGAGCUAGUUUUCAGCAUAUUGGAACUCAAUCUAGCUUUAAACCUUCAAUGUAUCUUCCUCCUUCAUUUCAAGCUCAAUCAGCUGGCUUUAAUAGCCAAAAACCAAUAGCUGAGUUUGGUCAGUCUAGUUUUCCAAUUUCUUCCUUACCAUCUACUCAGUUUGGAAAUCAGCAAGAAAGUACAAUAUUUGAGUCAGGAAUUUUUAAUAACAAAGAAACUACAACUCCACAAUUUCAAGAACCAAAUCAACAAUUUGGAACGGGUUUUGGGAAUAAUCCAACAACACCAAUUUCAAGCUCAUCUCAAACGCAAUUUACUGGGCUUAACACACAAAGUACUAUUCCUCAAUUUGGUCAACCGACCACAUCUAAUUCAGGUGAUUUAUUAACUAACACACAAUUUGGACAAUAUAGUAAUCCGAAGACAACAACUUCCCAAUUUGAUAUGGCUCAGCAAUCUACGACCUUAUUUAAUGAGCCAUCGACAAUACCGCCAAGUACUUCAGAAACCCAAACUAUCAAACAAAACUCAGACUUCGGAGAAAUAUAUGAUUACAAAAAACCCACCCAAGGAUUCAUUUCAUCAUCUAAAAACGAAGAUAAUUCUCAAAUAAAACCACAAUUUGGUGCACAAUCUAGUACACAGUUUGGUCAACAAGAUUUUCCUAGUACCCAAAAAUUAAGGCCAUCAGUAUUUGUGCAACCUGCAUCAGCUGUACAGUUUGGAGAAAGUACCAUAUCUACUUCAGGUCAAUUCUCAACUAAAAUACCUCUACAAUCAACCCAGCUUAACAUACAAUUUGGACAAUAUAGUGAUUCCAAGAUAACAACUUCUCAGUUUGAAAUAGGCCAACAAUCUACGACCUCAUUUAAUGAGCCAUCUACAUUACCGCCAAAUACUUUAGAAACACAAAACCCAUCGCAAACUUCCGAGUUUGGGGAAAUAUAUGAUUACAAGAAGCCUGUUCAAGCAUUCAUUUCAUCAUCUCAAAAAGACGAUAACUCUCAAAUAAAGCCACAAUUACAAAUCGGUGGACAAUCUAGUACACAGUUUGGUCAACAAGAUUUAUCUAGUACUCAAGAAGCAAUACCGUCACAAUUCAUGCAACCCGCAUCCACUAUACAGUUUGGAGAAAAUACUGUAUCUACUUCAGGCUAUUUAUCAACUACUGCACCUUUACAGUCAACCCAGCUUAACACACAAUUUGGACAAUAUAGUAAUUCAAAAAUAACAACUCCUCAGUUUGAUAUAGGCCAACAAUCUACGACAUCAAUUAAUGAACCAUCCACAAUACCGCCAAAUACUCCAGAAACACACACAACUCUAACACUAAGUUCAGAGUCCGAAGAAAUAUAUGAUUAUAAAAAACCUGCCCAAGGAUUUAUUUCACCAUCUCAAAAAGAAGACAAUUCUCAAAUAAACCCAAAUUCACAAUUCGGCGCACAAUCUACACAGUUUAGCCCGCAAGCUCCAUCUAGUGCCCAAAAAGUAAGACCUUCACAAAAUUUGCCAUCUUCUUCUAGUUUCCCAGGCUCACAAUUCAGUAUAUCUAGUUUUAAUGAAAAAGAUACAGUAACAACAGACGUAGAUAAAACAGAAUCUGUGACACCAGACAAUUUUUCAACAAACCCAAGUACUCAAGAAAUACAAUACACAAGCAUUUCACAAAAUUCGGAUGAAAAUUUUAACGGUGAAAUUUAUAAUUACCAAAAACCUGAACAAGGUUUGUCUUCUCCUUCAGACAAAGAAGGCAAUAUACUAUUUGGUCAAAAAAUACAAAAACCAAUGGAAAGCUCUAUUAGUAAUAAAGAAAACUUCGAAAGAAAUCCACAAACAACGUCCCAAUUAGUCGAACCGACCACAACAUUUAAACCAUUUAAUCAAGAAACAACCCUAAAGUCAUUUGAAUCUCGCCCACAAUUAUCUUUUCACAGAGCCUGUUGUGGGGGUUCUAUAUUCAAUAAAAAACCUUUUAGUCAAAAUAGCUUAGGUUCUUUAACCAAUUCCUUUGAUCAAAAUAAAGAUCCUAUCAGUCAGAAAGAAACUCAUAUAGACCAAUCUUCAGACAAUAAAAAAUUGGAAUCAGAAAAAGGCAGUCAGUUUGUUGGAAUCCCAGAACAAUUUGGAGGACCAAGAAAACCUCCCACUUUUGAUGAAACAGGAUAUCAUUAU